AUGAUUGGGUGGGAAGACGUUUACAAAGUGGUGGUGGCGAUGAUGCCACUUUACUUCGCAUUGAUUUUAGGGUACGGGUCGGUCAGGUGGUGGCGGCUGUUUACUCUCGAACAGUGUGACGUUGUUAACCGCUUCACAUGCUUUUUCACCAUCCCGUUCUUAUCCUUUGAAUUCACCGCCCGCGCCGAUCCAUUCAAAUGGAACUAUUUGUUCAUCGCCGCCGACGCAGUUUCGAAGGUCAUCAUAGUGGUGGUGCUGGGCUUCUGGGCAAAGUGUAGUAGCAAGGGGAGCUACAGCUGGUCCAUCACAAGCUUUUCUUUGUGUACUUUGACCAAUUCUCUUAUUGUUGGGUUGCCGUUGAUGAAGGCCAUGUACGGCCAGCUGGCUGUGGAUAUGGUCGUUCAAUCCUCUAUUUUGCAGGGUAUUAUAUGGCAGACUCUUCUGUUGUUCGUCUUGGAAUUCCGGCGGACGGGGAUUGACUAUUCUGCCGAUCACACUACUACUGUCAGUCAAUCGGCGCCCGUCGAAACGGGAAAUGAUUUGGAGAUUGCGGCGAGCGCCGGGCGGCCGUCUUUCUGCUAUUUGAUGAGGACGGUGUGGUUGAAGCUGGGGAGAAAUCCCAACUCGUAUGCGUGUAUUAUAGGCAUUGCUUGGGCUCUUAUUGCCAAUAGGUGGCAUAUUCAGAUGCCAAGCAUCGUGGAGGGAUCUAUAUUGCUAAUGUCAAGAACUGCGACAGGCACUGCCAUGUUUAGCUUGGGGACCUUCAUGGCCCUUCAAGAAAAGUUGAUUGCUUGCGGCCCAGGACCCACUGUGUUUGUGAUGGUUUUGAGAUUUAUUUUUGCACCGGCCACUAUGGCUAUUGGUUCUAUCGCUGUGGGUUUGCAUGGUGACACUCUACGUAUUGCUAUCAUUCAGGCUGCAUUGCCACAAUCCAUUUCGUCUUUUAUCUUCGCUAAAGAAUAUGGAUUGCAUGCAGGAGUACUUAGCACUGCAGUCAUAUUCGGCACAAUGGCUUCGCUUCCUUUGUUGAUAGCUUAUUAUACGGUUUUCGAGUCUGUAUCAUGAUACCUUUU